ACCUGGCUGCAGGAGAACAGGCUACGCCCAUUGUUCAACUACUUAAAUACAUUCUGUGGAAGACUAUCAAGAGGAAAGGCACUAAGUGCAGAAAGAGAUGAAGAGGGAGUCAGAGACAUAAGGUGAAAUACAAGGAGGUUUAACGGAAAUUUAUAGAGAUAAUAAUAUAAUAAACUGAGUCAAACUUCAGAGAAACGGGGUAAAACACAGUUUUACUUGAGAGAGUGAUUGAUUUUAUUGCCGGAGAAAAAACAAGCGAGAGAGAGAGGACAGGCAGAGCAAAACCCAACAGGCAAGACAGAAGAGACCGACUCUACAAGAGAGACCCGCUCUCACUUCACAAUGUGUGCCUCCAGUUCAGAGAGCCAAGCUACUUCCUGGCAAAGUGUUCCCGUCGGGCCCUUAGGAGCCCCUGCUGCAGCUGGGGGGACAUACCGGCCGGCAUCUCUCCGGCCCCGAGGACGCAGGCCACCCAGGGUGCUCUACCCUCCCCUGGUGAGAAGAGUCCUGCCCCGGGAAGAGCCUGACUCCGCACGCCGUUGGCUGCUGCUCCUCUCGGCUCUGCUCUUUCUACAGAUCUACACAGAGGAGUCAUCCUGCGGCCCGCCUGAGCUCCAGCUGCACACCCCGGAGACCUCCCCGUCCCCAAGCUUCCCCCAGGAGGGAGAGGGGAUCACGGACAUUGCCAGGCUGUGGGGAGGGCCCGAACAUGGAUCAGCCCUUGAGGCUACAGUAGAGUGUACAGUGUGACUGUGGAGUCAGUUCUGGGUUGACUUGGCCUUCAGCAACUAAGACAGAGGAAGUUUCUCUCACUCAUACAAUUUGCUCAUUGAGCAGGUUACAUCCAGUUGUUUCUCGUCUGGGGCUGCAGCAUUGACUCAGGGAGGCAAUUUGAUCCCGUCUCUUCGUCAUCAGCCAAUCAACACAGGGGAAAAAAUAUCCUGAGUUGGUUUAGGAAAAGGGGAAGAGCUAGCUGUUAAUGACUCAUCCGCGUCAGAGGUAACCCCUCUCUGCCCCCAGAGAGAGAGAGAGUGAAAACAUUGCCAGUCAGUCUCAGUCUCUCCACUGCGUGUUGCAGAUGAACAUGCGUGUGCUCACUGCUCAGAGGCACCAUGACGCUCACUUACAGACACUUUCACCGGUGGUUGUGAUGAUUCGCUUUCCUGGACAUCUGGAUUUCUGAUGAAAUGUAGUUUUUUAUCCUUACAACCUUUUUUACUCGUGUAAAUGUUGAAUGUUAAUAGUUAUGAAUUUUGAACAUAAUAUUGUUUGAGUUGGAGUUGAUGAUUAAUUCUAUGAAUUUGAUUUUAAUAUCUUAUUAAAAAGAUCAA